AUGCCGGCUAUUCGUUCCUUUUUCUCAGCUACCUUGAUGGCAGCUUGCCUGGCGCAAGUGAUGGCUGGCGGUGAGGGUGGUGGUCAAGGUGGAUGGGGAGGAGAAGGUGGCCAAGGUGGUGGCAGCCCUCCUCGAUUUGGCGGCGGUGGUGGUCAAGGAGACUACAAAGACAACGACCACCAAACAUCUCAAUGGCAAGACUGGCAGCCAACUCAUGUUCAGCCACCACCAGUGGCUGUCUGCGAGCCAACUUUCGUCACCAAGCACGUCGAAGUAACCAAGGUCGUUGAAGUCACCAAGCCUGUGGAAGUCACCAAGAACAUGGAGGUCACGAAAAUCGUCGAGAAGCCUGUGACCGUAACUGUGACCUUCACCAAGGAUGGAGAGAAGCAAAUCUCCACCGUCAUCAAAGAUGGAGGCAGAGCCACGAUCACCGAAGCCAAGACGAUAACGGUCACUGCUGCUGCUCCUUGCACAUCAGUAGCUACCGCAAUCGUCACUCAGUGGCAGAAUGCUCCUCCUGGAUGUUGGUGCGGCGGUGGCCAACCCCCUGCGUGGCAGGGACAAUGGCCUCCUUCCAACGCCGUCGCCGUGGGCAACAUUCUACCUGGCCUGUCUUCGAUUCCAGCUGCUGAGGCUCUCAAGACUGGUGUUACUGUUGCGGGACCUGCUCCACCAGCGCCAACUGGUGCUUCUGGUCCUCCCCCAGCUGGUGGUCCCCCUGGGGCUGGCUUCGGCUCAAGUUCAUCUGGUACGAUAACUUCUGGUUCUAGCAGCGUUCCUUCUUCUAACAACGCGCAGCCAAAUGAGACUGGAGGUCUAGUACCUAAUAGACCAGUGGCGCCGCCAGCACCCGCCAUCAGUUCUUCAUCCUCUGCGGCGUCAUCUGCAUCCACCCCGGCCUCAUCAUCAUCAUCAACCACAUCCAACAAACCCAGCACCACUAUUGUCUCGCCUCCUCCUGCCGGAUCAGCACCACCUCCGGCAGCAGGAGGUCCACCACCUCCACCUUCAACUACUCGUGCCAGCACCACAUCACCAUCUACCACCAGUUCUACUUCUUCUGCUUCUUCAUCAUCUCUAGCCACGGCCGCCGCCCUGUCAACCUCAGCAGCCGCACUGCUACCUGUCGGACCAGUCGGUUCGGGGGACAAGCCAGUACAGUCAACUGACAACAGCUCAGACGCGCCCGCGGCAAGCGGAUUCCCUGCGGGAUCGUUCAAGACCUUGGACCCCGCGACUCUCACUGCUCUCGCGGGCUCGCACACCCUAGGUAUUGGCCGGAGAGACCCGCAACCAUCAUUACUCAUGUGA